CCAGAGCGGCCAUCUUUGCACGUUCGGUUUCUGUUGACGUGGAGACGAGUCUUCUUCUUGAGAAGUGAGCUAAGCCCCCCUUGUUUCACAAAGGAGGUCAUGCUGGACUUUGCCAUCUUCGCCGUGACCUUUGUCAUCGCGCUGGUCGCCGCCGUGUUGUACUUGUACCCGUCAUCCAGAACGGCCUCUGGCAUCCCGGGUCUCAACCCUACAGAUGAGAAGGACGGGAACCUGCAGGACAUCGUGAGCCGAGGCGGUCUGCACGAGUUCCUCGUCAGCCUGCAUUGGGAGUUCGGCUCCGUGGCGUCCUUCUGGUUCGGCGGCCGGCAGGUGGUCAGCCUGGGCGCCGUGCAGCAGCUCCGGCAGCACAUCAACCCCAACCGCACCACCGACUCCUUCGAGACGAUGCUGAAGUCGCUGCUGGGUUACCGGUUGGGGGCGGGCGGCGACGCGGCUGAGGCGGUGAUGAGGAGAAAGGUGUACGAGAACGCCGUGAACGCCACGCUGAAGAGCAACUUCCCGCUGAUGCUCAAGCUGGCGGAGGAGCUGCUGGGAAAGUGGCGGUCGUUCCCGGAGUCCCAGCACACCCCGCUGUGCGCCCACCUGCUGGGUCUGGCCAUGAAGACCGUCACCCAGCUGGCUCUGGGCGAGAGCUUCGGGGACGACGCCAAGGUGCUCUCCUUCCGCAAGAACCACAACGCGAUCUGGUCAGAAAUUGGAAAAGGCUACUUGGACGGCUCCCUGGAGAAGAGCUCCAGCAGAAGAGGGCACUAUGAGACGGCGCGGUCGGAGAUGGAGGCCAUGCUGCUGUCGGUGGCCAAGGAGAGAAAAGCCCAGAGGAAGCAGACGGCGUUCGUCGACGCUCUGCUGCAGGCCGGCCUCACAGAGAGAGAGGUCAUGGAAGACUGCAUGGUCUUCACUCUGGCCGGAUGCGUCAUCACCGCCAACCUUUGCAUCUGGGCGCUUCACUUCCUGUCCACCUCGGAGGAAGUUCAGGACAAACUGUACAAGGAGCUGGACGAGGUUUUGGGAUCAGACCCAGUUUCCUUGGACAAAAUCCCCGAGCUCAGAUACUGCCAGCGGGUCCUCAACGAGACGGUGAGGACCGCCAAGCUGACCCCCGUCGCGGCUCGGCUCCAGGGGGUGGAGGGCAAAGUCGACCAGCACGUCAUCCCCAAAGAGACUUUGGUCAUCUACGCGUUGGGGGUGGUCCUGCAGGACUCUGACACCUGGAGCACCCCAUACAGGUUUGACCCGGAUCGAUUUGAGGAGGAAUCGGUGGAGGAGAGCUUCCGUCUGCUCGGCUUCUCGGGGAAUCAAACGUGCCCGGAGCUCAGCUUCGCCUACACCGUCGCCGCCGUCCUGCUCAGCACGCUGGUGCGCCCGCUGAAGCUCCACGGGCUGAAGGGGCAGGUGGCGGAGGUCCGGUCUGAGCUGGUGUCCACGCCCAAGGAAGAAACCUGGAUCACCGUCGGCAGAAGAAGCUAAUCUUAAAAAAAUAAAUAAAGCGGACAAGUCGUAUUUCUAGAGAAGAAUUCAUCGUAAUUAAAGGAGCAGCAAAGUUUGUCAGAGAACUAGUCUCUCUCAAUAACUCCUGUCUUUUUUAUGUCAGUCACUCAUCACAUUAUUCUGAGGCUGCACGUUGUCACGUUGUCUGUUCUCAGGUCAGAUUUGCACUUCCUGUAGUUUUAAUGUAGAGAAAAACAAUUUGUGCUGCUAAAUGUUUUUCUAUAAUUCCUCUUGCAGCUCUAUACGUCUCACGUGGCACUUAGACAAUCCACUCCCCCCCCCCCCCCCCAAACACCACUGUUGCAUCUUACAUAUAAAUAUGUUUAAUAUGA